GGACCCGCUCUGCCCUGCCAGAGGCAGACAUGGUGCCCCUGCUGCUGCUGCCCCUGCUUUGGGAGGGGUCCCUGCAGCAGCAGCCAGGCUACCAGUAUGAGCUCCGAGUGCAGGAUUCGGUGAUAGUGCAUGAGGGUCUGUGUGUCCAUGUGCCCUGCUCCUUCUUUUACCCUUGGAGUUCGUGGUCUUCCCCUAGAAACCUCUACACCUACUGGUACCGGGACAGGGACAACACAGACUGUGAUGUUCCUGUGGCCUCGAGCAACCCACGUAAACCGGUUAAGAGUGAGACAGAAAACCGUUUCAUCUUCGCGGACCCCAAGACCAAGGACUGUUCCCUUUACAUCAGAUAUGCCAGGAGGAGUGACACAGGACGCUACUUCUUCCAAGUGGAGAUAGGAAAUUCUGUGAAACAUAGUUACCGAGAGAAGAUGCUCAAUUUGCAGGUGACAGACAAACCCCACAUCCAGAUUUUGGAGCCGCUGGAAUCCUGGCACCACACAGAGCUGACCUGCAUCCUGCCAGGGUCCUGUGAAAGGGGACAACCUCUCACCUUCUCCUGGGCAGGAGCUGCUGUGGACUCGCUGGACCCCCAGACCCUCGGCUCCUCGGUGCUCACCUUCACCCCGAGACCCCGGGACCAUGGCAGCAACCUCACCUGUCAGGUGAAACGGGAAUGGCCUCACUUGACCUCCCAGAGAACCAUCCGGCUCAAUGUCUCCUAUGCCCCAGGGAACCUCACCAUAGGCGUCUCCUUCAGAAACGACCCAGACUUCAAGAAUCUACAAACCGCAUUCCUAACCAUCCUGGAGGGAGAGGCCCUGAGGCUGCGCUGUGUUGCUGACAGCAACCCCCCUGCCGAGCUGAGCUGGUUCCGGGGGUCCCCAGGCCUGAAUGCCACCCCCAUCUCCAGCACCGCGAUCCUGGAGCUGCCUCGCGUGGGGCCUGCACAGGAAGGAGAGUUCACCUGCCAAGCUCGGCACCCGCUGGGCUCCCACAGCGUCUCUCUCAGCCUCUCCGUGGUCUACCCCCCGCAGCUGCUGGGACCCUCCUGCUCCUGGGAGGACCAGGGUCUGCACUGCAGCUGCUCCUCCAGGGCCCAGCCGGCCCCCUCCCUGCGCUGGCGGCUGGGGGCGGGGCUGCUGGAGGGGAACCAUGGCAACGCCUCCCGGAAGGCGGUGCCCCAGGCGGGAGUGGUUCCUGUGGCUCUCGGAGGUGCUGGAGCCCUGGCCCUGCUGUCCCUGUGCUUGUGUCUCCUCUCCUUUUGCAGAGUGAAAGCCCGCAGGAGGCAAGCAGCUGGGAGAACAAAGGUCACGAAUGAUGAAGACCCUGUCAUGGGCACAGUAACCUGGGAUUUUGGCCUCUUGAGUCCUCACUGCCUCAGUAGCCCCAGACUCCAUUUCUGUCUCCCGCCCCACGAUGCUGCUGAACUCAGCUCCGACUCCCAACCUCUUCGCCUGUGCUUUCUGGCUGCUUCCUUAGCCUUCCGGCCCCUCCUGCAGAAUAAGCUGCCCUUUGCUCUGCGAUUCUGGCUGCUCUUUGAUGUAUUCAAAUAGACUGCUUUAUAUCUCUGUGUUGGGUGUGCAUUGUUUCCAGUUGGUCUCAGCAUAA